AGGAGCGGAUGAUGGUGGGUUUUCCAUGCGCAUGUUUCGUGUGCAAACCACUGAUCGAAUUUAGAUGGAAUUUAAUUUUGGAAAGGUGUCCUACAAGAGAUUUCAAACUGUGUGUUUACAUGUUUAAUGAAACGAAGAUUGCCCUACAAGAUUUGCAGCAGAAAUAAAUGAACACCAAAACCAAUCAGGUAUCUGUAAGAUUAAACAUGGAUCCCGAAAAUUACUGGGGCGAUGUCUUCGACAACGGGACCGGCAAUGGGGUGCUUGGCUUCGUGGCAAUGGAUCAAGCGGAUAUCGGCUUUUCAGCUUUCUAUGCUUGGCCCAGCAGUUUUAGUGUGGUGGAUUUCCCGUCAUCACACAUGCGCAGCUCUGUGACCAUGAUAACACCACGACCGAAGUUAAUGCCCGGCUGGAUUAUGCCCCUGAUGCCCUUUUCGAACGCGAUGUGGAGUGCAGUUGGGGCCUGCCUUGUAGGGGCCACUUAUACUCUGUACAAACUGCAGAGAUUUGCCGACAAGUACCUAGGCAACCCACAAGAGAGAUUGAACCCAUUUUCUCAGAUAGACUACACUGCAUUACGCACUUAUGCUAUGUUGGUGAACCAGGCGCCAACAUUCAUGUGGGAUUCGGACAUACCUCGGCAUGUUCCAGCCCGACAUUUUGUAGCUUGGUUCCAGUUCCUAGGGGAAGUUAUCUCUGACACCUACAAUGCGGGUCUUGCUUCUGUGCUAUCAUCACUGAGAUAUGAGCCUCCCAUUGAGACGAUAGAAGACCUUGCCAGCCAAAACAUUAUAUGGGCAGGGAACCACGUUGCUUGGAUAUGGUCCAUUGAGGAAGAUGAUAAUCCCAACCUACAAACAGUCACAAGAAAUUUCCGUUGUUUGACAAAUGAGCAGAUGGAUGAGAUAGGGCAGAGAACUGGGGAUUUGGCGUUUGGAAUAGAAAGACUGCAAGGAGGCCAUUUCACGACAGAGCCGCAUAUCAAUGAGGGCACAGUCAUGCACCGCCGCAUCAUGCGAGAGACUUUAUACUGGAGCCACUUGUACAUCCUGCUGCGCAAGGGCUCACCCUAUAUGCAUCGUUUCAGAACCCUUGUCUCUCGGAUACGCGAUGCAGGGUUACCACUCUAUUGGGAGGGUGAUGUCAUCCGUCACUACAUGUCAGAGAGGCUGCAGCUCCAGAUAUCCUCAAGUCGAAUCCUGAAUGAAAACGUAGACCCUGCCAGACUGAAUCUUGAUCAACUUCAGGGAGCAUUUUUAUUGCUCCUCCUAGGAGAUGCAGUGGCUUUCAUAACUUUCUUUGCUGAAUUGACUGUCAGCAAGAAGAAAUAUUGAUAGCUUCUCAACUGAUGAAAUAGAGAUGAAAUAGAAAUGUGUAGCUUGUUGUCUCCAUACUCAGUUUGGUAGUGGCACUUCUAGUGUGAAGAUGGAGGUAACAGGUUCCUCCAAAAUGCUGGUAACUACCUGUUAAGCUACAUGGUCUUAUAAUUCAGAAAAUCACAGUCAUAAUUUUCACCACCGUGAAGACCUGAGAUUUCAUUAUGCAGGAUUGCUUAUAAAGUGCCUUUAGAAUUCAUCAGAUGAAUAAACUGUGCUAGAAGCUACCAUAACAUAUUUGUAUAUGCACCAUAAGAAAAGUACUUUUGUUAUGAAGCUAGAUGGCGUAUUUCUGUGGUGGUAGCAGAUUUACGGAAGAAGUAUGUUGUGUCAGCAAUGAUUUAUGGAUUAUGUUGUAAUUUUGUAAAGUCUGAUAAACAGUAAUCCGUUUAUCUUGCCCAGUGUAGUUAGAAUACCACGUGACAUAAGAGACUACGAAAUGAAAUUUUAAUAUCUUCAAGGAUACGUGCACAGUACAUUGAUUUUGUCCUGGGAUCUCUUGACAGAUUUCAUCACGAUUCCCUUCUGCAUGCUUGGGCAAUAAGACAUGCAAAGGGAAUUUUUUGGAAAUCCUCCAACAUUUCUUUGUGGUUAAUUUUACAGUUCUGUCAGCAUCUGGAUUGCAUUGCGUAGAUUGGUAUGAUGAUAGAUGUUCUGGUGGUCUAGGAGUUAGACAUCAACCUAGUGUUCAGAAGGUCCCUGGUUCAAAACCAAUAGGAUUUUUGUCAAAAAGAAUGAAAAGAAGAAAUUAGUGAAGAAAAGCAACAGCAGAGGAAGAAGUGAAGAGGGAGACGGUAAGGGAGGGACCGGGGGGGAAGGAAGAUUUUUGCGGCCGCUCAUUAAGACACGCGCCUAAGCUUUUAUUAAAAUCCCCCUCUUAUUAAAAUCGAAAAAAAUUCGCCGCACCUCCGCCACCAACCACCCGCUGUAAGGGGUGACUUGAAGUUAUUCACUUGAGACCAAGCUAAUUCAGCGAGAGUUAACAAGAGUCAAAGAGAUGAGAUGGGCAGGGAAUGUAGGACACAUUUAAAUUACAAAAGAAAGUAAUAAGGAUCAUUUUGGGAGUGGGACCCAGAGACUCAUGUAAAAGUCUAUUUAAGAAACAAGAUAUUUACCAUUUUCAUGUGAAUAUAUUUUUUCUUUGAUGUUGUUUGUUGUAGAUAAUCAAAAUAAUUUCUGUUCAGGUUCAGAGGUUCAUGGUCUGAACAUUAGAAGCAAAAAUCAAAUUUAUAUUCCAACUUCAAAUCUUUCUGUAUUCCAGAAGGGCACUAUGUUUACUGCUAUUAGGUUAUUUAUUAGAUUGCCAAAGACCAUUCAAAGUCUUAGAAAGGAUAGAAUCAGUUUUAAAAAUAAUUCAUUUUUAUAUCUCAUUAAUAACUCAUUUUAUACAAUUGAUGAAUUUUUGGAGCGUACAGUAAAUAAUUACAGUGUUUGCUUAGCUUUGUAUUGGCUUUCUGCUUUGUUUGUUUGUGUUAUGCUUGUGACCAGUUUCAUAUCCAUUGUAUUUUGGACUUGUGAGGUGUGAAAUAUAUGUAUGUAUGGGGAGAAUAAGAAUACAUAUAGGAUUUUGGUGGGAAAGCCAGAAGGAAUGAGACCACUAGGAAGACCUAGAUGAAGGUGGGAGAAUAAUAUUAAGAUGGACCAUAGGUUGAGAGGAAGGGCUGGUAUGGACUAGAUUGAUCUGGCUCAAGGUAGAGACUAGUUGAGGGCUUUUGUGAACAUGGAAAUGAAC